AUGGUACCAUCUUUACGGAAUAUUGUCGUCGUGGGGGGUUCGUACGUUGGCCUGGCUACCACGAAGGAGCUCGCCAGUAUCCUGCCGGCUACCCAUCGUAUCCUCUUGAUUGAACCGCAUAGCCAUUUCCAUCACUUAUUCGCGUUCCCUCGAUUUGCGGUAUUGCCGUCGUAUGAGCACAAGGCUUUCAUCCCUUACACAGCUGCAUUCGCUCCGGCACCGCCUUCCGCACAACAUGCCGUGGUUCAAGCAAAGGUUGAAUCCCUACAGCCAGGCCGCGUAAUCUUGGACCGGGAAUGGCAAGGCUCAAAGGAAAUCCCUUAUGAGUAUCUGGUGGUCGCAACCGGUACCAAGCUCCAGGCACCGGGCACCAUGGCAGAUAACGAUAAGUCCCUCUCAAUCAAGUAUUUCCAAGAUUACCAGAAGCGCGUCCAGGACGCCAGGUCAAUCGUGAUUGUUGGUGGAGGGGCUGUCGGCGUCCAAAUGGCUACGGACCUGAAAGAGCUCUACCGUGGGAAAGAAGUCACCUUGGUUCACUCCAGAAAUCAGCUUAUGCCGCUAUAUCAUGAAGCUCUUGACAAACUAAUCAAGGACAGAUGCGAAGAGCUAGGUGUCAAGCUGGUCCUGGGUUCGCGCGUGGUAAUGCCACCCGGCGGUUUUCGCCCAGACGCGAAGUCUGUAGAGUUACAAAACGGCGUCGUUCUGUCAGCGGACCUGGUAAUACCUGCCGUGGGCCAAGUUCCGAACACCCAGUUUCUGUCCGGUCUGGCACCAUCAUCUGAAGACUCUCUGAUCAACCCAGCCAACCGCUUCAUCCGGGUCAAGCCCACGCUGCAAUUUUCUGACCCGAAGUACCCGAACCUCUUUGCGGUUGGAGAUGUCGCAGAUAGUGGAGCCCAUAAAGCCGCCCGCCCGGGAGCAGCACAAGCUCAGGUCCUCGCACGAAAUCUUGUGGCCAUGAUCGGGGGCAAAGAGCCGAGUGAGAGUAUAGUAGUUAGCCCUCCCGCUAUUCACCUCACCCUCGGUUUGACAAAAAACGUUAUAUUCCGAAAUCCCAAUACAGCCGAGGGAGAGACUGAGCCGACUAUCAAGCCUAAAGACGAUGGAAGGGCUGAUAUGGGCAUCGACGGCGUGUGGGCGAGACGCGGCGUGGAAGUCAGGAGUCCACAGGAGUACCAUUUAUAA